AUGCGAUUUGGUACUGUCUUUGCUGUGGAUAAAGCAAAAGUAAUGGAGUAUCUUGGAAGUAGGUAUUAUCGUGCCCCUGAAAUUAUUAUUGGUUACCCUUAUGAUACUAACAUUGAUGUAAUGGUAACAGCAGACAUAGUGCUUGAAUUGUUUACAUGGUGA